AUGGCUCCAGCUCGAGUUUUCAUACUCUUGCUGCUGGCAGCUGCCGGUUGGGCGUCGGCCAUGGCCGCUAAUGACGCCGUCCCCACAAGCACCACGUCGUCGUCUCCGGCACCAACCGGGUGGCUGAAGGCGCAUGCCACCUUCUACGGAGGCGCUGAUGCCUCCGACACCAUGGGCGGCGCGUGCGGGUACGGCAACCUCUACUCCCAGGGCUACGGCACGCGGACGGCGGCGCUCAGCACGGUGCUCUUCAACGACGGCGCCUCGUGCGGGCAGUGCUACAAGAUCGCGUGCGAUCGCAAGAGAGCCGACCCGAGGUUCUGCAAACCCGGCGUCACAGUCACCGUCACCGCCACCAAUUUCUGCCCGCCCAACUCGGCGCUGCCCGACGGCGGCUGGUGCAAUCAGCAGCGCCCGCACUUCGACAUGGCGCAGCCGGCGUGGGAGAAGAUUGGAGUCUACGGCGGAGGCAUCAUCCCCGUCAUGUACAAGAGAGUUCCUUGCGUGAAGCGAGGUGGAGUCAGGUUCACGAUCAAUGGGCAUGACUACUUCAAUCUUGUGCUUGUGACCAACGUUGCGGCUGCCGGCUCCAUCAAGUCUAUGGAAGUCAAGACCUCCAGUUCGAAUAACUGGUCUCCAUUAGCACGCAACUGGGGCGCAAACUGGCACUCUCUGGCCUAUCUCACAGGGCAGAUGCUCUCGUUUAGGGUCACCGACACGGACGGACAAACUAUUGAAUUCACAGAUGUGGUGCCACAAGGAUGGAAGUUUGGCCAAACAUUUGCAUCCAAGUUGCAGUUCAAGUGA